ACGAACUCGUUACCCAGAAAUAUUCACUUGCCUAUCAAGAUGCCAUCCACUGAACCGACUGACCAGAGAAAAACCAGGGGAUGGCGUUUCUGGAUGGCUAUUCUCUCCCUGAAUCUCAUCGGUUUCGUCGCGACUCUCGAGGGCACUGUCUUGGGCACAGCGCUUCCACGAAUCACGCAGGAAAUCCGGACCUCUGGCUCCAUGGACUAUGUUUGGAUGGCAGAUACUUUUGCUCUGGCUCAAACCGUUGUUCAACCACCGCUUUCGCAGAUCUGCAACAUUUUCGGACGUCGUACGCCCAUGAUGGCAUCCGUCGCGCUUUUCGCCCUGGGAAGCGGCAUUGCGGGAGGCGCCAAUAACUCUACCAUGUUUAUUGCUGGCAGGACCAUCCAGGGCAUCGGUUCCGGAGGCAUCUUGUUGAUGGUGGAACUCAUCGUGUGCGACCUGGUGCCAUUGCGGGAACGUGGAAAAUAUCUUGGUAUCGUGCUCUCCAGUUCGGCCGUCGGUGCGGUCGUCGGACCUGUUAUCGCAGGAGCUCUCGUGGAGGCAGACUGGCGAUGGAUCUUUUAUCUGAAUCUUCCCAUCUGCGCACUUGUCAUCUUGAUGAUGAGGUUUUCUGUUCGUCUCCGCCACCAAAACAAUGCUACUUGGAAAGCUUCACUUGCUCGGGUAGAUUGGAUAGGCAGCUCACUCUUUAUCGCUUCUCUUUGCUCCCUCCUGGUUGGCCUCAUUUUCGGCGGCUCAGACGAAAAAUUUGCCUGGAGCUCUUGGCGAGUCAUCCUUCCCAUAGUCUUGGGUAUCGUCGGCUGGAUUGCUUUCCACAUCUACGAAGUCUCAGGCUCCUGCAAGGAGCCGAGUGUGCCAUCCAUCCUGUUCAGCAAUCGAACGUCCAUUGUCGGCUUUUUUCUCGUCUUCGAUGCAUCCAUCUUGAUGCAAUGGGUUGCAUUCUUUUUACCUAUCUACUUUCAAGGCGUCCGAAAAGUCUCCCCACUGAAAUCGGGAAUCAACUUCCUCCCAUUUCAAGUCUUCCUCAUCCCUGCAGCGUCUAUAACCGGGGCUAUUCUUUCCAAAACUGGCAAAUAUAAGCCGCUUCAUCUUACCGGAUUCAUACUCUGCACGCUCGGCCUGGGACUUCUAACCCUUUUGAAUGACGAUACGCCUACUGUCCAAUGGGUUGUGUUUGAAGCAAUCGAAGCCAUGGGUCAGGCAUUGUUGAUUCCCACCAUUCUCCCCGCCAUUCAAGCUUCACUCUCCGAGUCGGAGGUUGCCUCCUCCGUCGGUCUCUAUUCGUUCUUACGCAGCUUUGGCUGGUUCUGGGGUAUCACGAUUCCAAGCAUCAUUUUCAACAACCGUUGGGGCCAGUUAGAAGGACGAAUCAGUAACCUAGAUGUACGCGCGAGUUUGAGCGGCGGCCAGGCUUAUCAUUCCACCGGAACACAUCCCUCGUGGUCGAGCACCACGCUGGCCGAGGUCGUGAGCGUUUAUACAGAUACCUUGAGGACCUUGUGGUACGCGGCCAUUGCUAUAGCAGGUAUCGGAUUUCUGGCUGUGUUUUGCGAAAAGAGCCUAGCUCUCCGUGAAACUUUGGAAACGGAAUACGGAUUAGAGCAGGAGAAGCAAGUCAACACUGAGGAGCACGGCGUGAAUGUCAAGAAUUGA